AUGGAACUCUUCUUCCUUUCCCUCUUCCUUCUACCUCUCUCCAUUGCACUCACCUUUUGCUUCCUAAUCUACAAAAACAAAGACCAUGCCACCGAUCUAAACCUCCCACCCGGAAGCUAUGGAUGGCCCAUCAUUGGUGAAACACUCGACUUCCUUGGGUCGGGCCAAAACGGAACACCCGAAAGCUUUGUUCAAGAUAGGAUGAACAAGUACUCCGACCAAAUCUUCAAGACUGCCCUUCUCCUAGAGCCAACAGCCGUCUUUUGCGGCCCCAACGGUCACAAAUUCCUUUUCUCCAAUGAGAACAAGCUUGUUGUGUCUUCAUGGCCUGGUUCGGUGCGGAACCUCUUACAAUCAUCCAUCAUCAACAAAUUAGGCGAUGAGGCGAAGCAGACCCGUAAAUUGCUUAUGGCAUUUCUCAAGCCCGAAGCUCUACAGGGGUAUGUUCGGACCAUGGAUGCAGUCACGCGGCGGCAUAUGGAGACUGAAUGGGAAAGCAAGAGAGAGGUGACGGUCUUCCCUCUUGUAAAGAUGUACACCUUUUCUUUGGCAUGCUGUCUCUUCGCAAGCAUCGAAGACAUGGACCAUAUUUCAAAGCUUGCAGAUCUAUUCAAUAUCUUGUUGAAGGGGCUCGUAGUAUUGCCAUUGAAUUUCCCUGGGACGACUUAUUACUGGGCCAAUAAAGCGGCAGAUGCAAUUCGUGGAGAGCUUCGGGCAAUGGUCGAACGGAGGAGAACGGCUUUGGGGGAGAAUACUGCUUCGCCAAACCAAGAUCUAUUAUCACAUUUACUUGUUACAGCCGAUGAGAACGGGCGGUUUAUGCCAGAGAAGGAGGUGGUUGAUAACAUACUAGCAUUGUUUUUUGGUGGUCAUGACACUACCAACUGUGCUGUAGCAUUUCUCAUGAAGUAUCUUGCAGAAAUGCCCAACAUCUACUAUGGGAUUUUGAGAGAGCAAAGAGAAAUUGCAGCAUCGAAGGGACCCAAAGAUCAUCUAGAUUGGGAGGGCAUACAAAAGAUGAAAUACUCAUGGAAUGUUGCAAAUGAAGUAAUGAGACUCGCACCGCCGGUUCAAGGAAAUUUCAGAAAGUCCAUAUCGGACUUCACCUACGCUGGUUCCCGUGUACCAAAAGGGUGGAAGUUUUAUUGGAGUGUGAAUUCAACACACAAGAACCCCAAUUACUUCCCAGAUCCAGAGAAAUUUGAUCCGUCGAGGUUCGAAGGGGACGGUCCUACACCUUACACGUUCGUCCCAUUCGGAGGUGGCCCGCGAAUGUGCCCGGGGAAAGAGUAUGCUCGUUUGGAAAUACUUGUGUUUUUGCACAAUGUGGUGAAACGGUUCAAAUGGGAAGCAGUUUUCCCUGAUGAGAAGAUCACUGUCGAUCCGUUGCCGGCGCCGGUGAAAGGGCUUCCUGUUCGCCUCCAACCUCAUCUAUCAUAG